ACAAGCAGCAUUUCAGUGCACAGGAUAAGGGAGGUUCAAACAUAGCAAAUUUGUUUAGGAGGGCUGCAUCCAGAGAAAACUGAUCAGCAACAAAGACAAGCAAAAUGCUCUUUUGGAAGAUGAUGAUAUUCUGGAUCCUAAUGAAUGUCAGAAAGUCUUCCCAGGGUUCAGUGGACUUGAAUUUUGGCUCACACAUCCAUUCAUCUAUUCACUACUACAACGGUGGCAGAGAAGAGGAAAACACACAGCGAGAGAUGCACAGGCAAAAAGGACAGGCUGUUACAUUAGGCACCUCUCCCAUAGAAUAUGCUGUUGCUAUUGAGAUAAGCUUUGUAGAUUCCUCACUCCAGGAAGCCCUCAGAAGCUAUUUAAACAACCUCAGCUUUCCACUUUUGGUAAAUGUCUCUGAUUCAACCGUGAAUAUUUCAAGGAUUAAUGUCACCACAGUGUGCAAUUCAACUGGCCCUCAUAAUGCUCAUUGUUACUGUGAAUCUGGCUACGGAUGGCCUGCCCAAGCCUGCAAAGCUCACCCAGCCUGCCCCAGGGCCCCAGCAGCAUUCGGAGGGAGCUGCCGUUGCAUUGCGCAGCAGCCUCCUCAAGGAACCGCCUGUGAACUUCAAUCUGAAGGUAUUCCUUUUAUAUACAUAAUAAAAAUGUCUGUCCGUCUUGACAAACCCUUUCAGAUUGCUCUAUGGGAUUCAUCCUCCACAUUGUUCAAAGAAUAUAAACGUGAUUUGGAGAAAGCGUUUACUGAAGGAUACACAUCUUUACCAGGCUUCAGAAAUGUAACAGUUACAGAAUUCAGGCCUGGAAGCACCCUGGUUGAAUUUGAAGUAAGAACAGCAAAGAAUAUACCACUUGAAAGUGCAACUCAAAAAGCAGCUGAAGCCUUAGAUCCUUCCUACAAUUUAGUACCUACCUCGUUUACAAAGGAAAUCCCUGGUGGAGUAAAUUUUUCCGUUUCUCCUGAACACAUUUUCGAGGGGGAUACAGUAAAAAUGACAUGCGAAUCAACAUCAAAUACAAGCAAUGUGACCUGGUAUCUUUCAAGACAUUUAGUCUCCAACAGCAACAGGCACUCUAUUACAAGUGAAGUUACAGGUGGAAAGUCGACAUCAACACUAAAAAUUACAAGCAUCAAGUUGAAAGAAGCUGGUGAUUAUAGUUGCAGUUUUCUGAAGUGGGGAAAUGAGUUGUCCUCAAUAUACAAAGCUGUGAAUAAUAUAACAGUCUCUCAGAUCAAAAUUGUGCCAUCAGAUAAUGUUUCUAUUGUAUGUAAUGGUGAAAGUAAAAAACUGAGCUGCUGUACAGAAAAUGAUAUACAAUUAUUCACUUCUUAUUGGAAACCAAAUGGAGCAAUAAAUAUUUCAGGAAGCACCAGCUCCAGUCACAACUGCACUACAUACUUGCUGCAGGCUAAUGAGUCUCAAUGCCCAGCAGACAAGUCUGGGACCAAAACAGAUUAUAUGUGUGAGCUGAACACUACUUACGGUGCUCGCAACAAUAAAGUCAUCAGUGUGACAUAUUUUCGAGUGGCAAAAGUAACCAUCUCUUCUAGCCCUAGUAGCAAUGUUUCUGAGGGGUACAAUUUCUCUCUACGGUGCACUAGUGAUGUGAGCAAUUAUGACAAAGUCACCUGGCAGGUCCAAAGAGGAAGCUCUAUUAAGGAUGUAGACAGUAAAUGGUAUGCUACCACAAAGACCCAAAGUGGUGCUGAAUCUGUGCUGACUGUAGGCACUGCUAACCAGAACUGGGCUGGCACCUAUACUUGCACCUUUUCCCAAAGUUUUUUGAAGAGCUCUGCACACAUGCAAAUUGAAGUUCAUCCUUUGCCUCUGAAACAAGAAAUAAUAACAGAUCCCAUAGAAGCAUUCAUCCCUUGUCCAGGCACCCAAGUUCUGAAGUGCUGUACAGGCAAAAUGGAACAUUACACAGUAGCCUUCUAUGUUUCAAAAUGGCCUUCUAUGUUCCAAAAGACAGAGAAAAGAAAAAAUGGUAGCCUCAACUGCUACUACUACACACUAACGGUCACAGGAGAUCACUGCACUUCCCCAGGACAUGUUUUUAACGUGACUUGUAAAUUCACCAACCAAAUUAAUGGGAAUGUUACGAGUUCACCUAUGAACACAAUUCUUAUACCAGUAAAGAAUGUAGUUUGUAAUACUUCAGAAAUUGGUGUUGGAGAGAAUGGCGCUGUGAUCACCAAGCCUUGCUUGACUCCGAAUGAAACAAGCAGUCCUAUCAGAGGAAAUAUCACCUAUAAGUGUGACGGUGCAAAAUGGGAUUAUACUGAAAACAACUGCCUAACUGUGCCCGUUAAUGACCUUCUCAGUUCUGCUGAGUCUUUGGUGUCCAAUCCUGAGUCAGAACAACAGUUACCCACAUAUCUCGAACGCCUGAACAAGACCGUUAAGAAGCAACAGAAAAAUAUAAGCACCUCAACUGCAAACUUGAAAGCUGUUGUUGAAAUCCUGAAUUUGAUUUCAGUUAUAUCAGUAGAUGCAAAGCAGAAGCCAAUGGAGAAUUUUUUGUCUGCAGUAGAUACCAUUAUUAGUAGUUCAACAGAAACUUGGAAGAAUUUUACAAAUGGGAGCUCUCAGUUACUAGUUUCAGUGGAGCAGUUUUCACAGUCCCUCCGUCCUGUCAACAACACUAUUCCACCCAUUACUAAUGACAAUCUUCAGCUCAAAGGAGUCGUCAUUGGAAAAGGCAGCGUUUCAGACUACAAGAAGAGCUUUACAUUCCCUAAACACUCAAACCUCAGUGGCAGUGUGCUAAUUGAUGAAGCAAAAAUUAAAACUGGGAAGUCAAUCACCAUCAUCAGUGUGGCUUAUUCAACAUUUGGGCAUAUUAUUCCACAGUACAAGAAGACAGAUGAAGUAAUAAAUAGCAUGGUAAUUUCAACAGUAAUGAGUCCCAGCAGCAAACUAAGGGAAGAUUUUGAGAUCAAUAUGACAUUUGCAAUGAGCAAAAAGACCCUGAAAAAUCCUCGAUGUGUCUUUUGGAAUUUCUCGGCAGAUGGAGGAAGGUGGGAUGCUACUGGAUGUAAAAGUACAGGAAACGGGGACAGCAUCACUUGCUCCUGUAAUCACUUGACUUCCUUCUCUGUUUUGAUGUCUCCCGGUCAUGAAAGCCCGUGGACGGGGUUGACUUACAUCACUUACCUUGGCUUGAGCAUUUCUAUAUUGAGCCUGCUGAUCUGCAUUGGAAUAGAACUUGUUGUGUGGAAAUCAGUGACCAAAACAAGAAUAUCCUACAUGCGCCAUGUUUGUAUUUUGAACAUUGCACUUUGUCUCCUGAUUGCAGACAUCUGGUUCAUUGUGGUUGCAGCAAUGCAUGACAAAAAUGAUAAAGUGGGUCAGCAUAUAUGCACAGCAGCAACAUUUUUCAUUCACUUUUUCUACCUCUGUGUCUUUUUUUGGAUGCUCACCUUAGGCCUUAUGCUCUUCUACCACCUGGUCUUUAUUUUACAUAAUGCCAGCAAGACCACCAUGAAAGCUGUAGGCUUCUGCUUGGGAUACGUUUGCCCUCUAGUUAUAUCGGCCAUCACAAUAGCCACUACUCAUCUACAUGGCUCUUACACACAAAAAGAGAUCUGCUUACUGAACUGGGAAGACAGCAAAGCUCUCUUGGCCUUAGUUAUUCCUGCCAUGAUCAUUGUUGCUAUGAAUGCUGUUGUUACCAUUGUGGUUAUAGCAAAAAUAUCGAGACCUUCUAUUGGGGAAAAGUCAAUAACUGAAGAAAAGAGCUCACUGUAUCGUAUCACCAAGAGUGUUGGCAUUCUGACAUGGCUGUUAGGCCUUACCUGGGGAUUUGGCCUUGCUACAGUUUUUCCCCAAAGCCCAACAAUAUUCCACAUAUUAUUUACUAUUUUCAAUGCUUUUCAGGGAUUAUUCAUUCUGUUGUGUGGAACUCUCUGGGACAGGAAGGUGCGAGAAGCUAUACUGAAUAAAUAUUCCCUCUCUAGAUGGAGUUCACAACACUCAAAGUCCACAUCUCAAGGCAUAUCAGCUCCUAUGCUUUCCAUCAGUUCUCCUUUCUCAAGAACUUUAAACAACUUGUUUGGCAAAGCAGGAAAAUACCAAGUCUCUUCUACAGAAUCACCAUCUUUAUCUUCUGAAAACACUUCAAAGGCAUAUUCUUUGCUGACUUGAGUCCAUGCGUGUUUGAAAGGGUGCAAGGUUGUUGUUUUUUCCUGAUCAAGGACUAAGCAUAACAUAAUCAGUGAAUAAUGGAACAUUGAUUUCUUGAAGGCUGUAAAGAACUGUGACAUAUUGG